AUGAUAGCCAUGUUGAUCCACCUGCAAACACAAAGGUUCAACUACGCUAUUGACUGGAUCCUCGGGAGGGCCCUACGCGACAGUGACGGCGUUGAAUUUGCACCCGGACAUCGACUGACUGAUCUCGACUAUGCCGAUGAUAUCGCCUUACUUGCGUCAAGUUUUGGUCAUCUGCAGUCUAUGGUGUCACGGGUGAACGAGGUCGCUAAAUCAGUCGGUUUGUCCAUAAACGCUGGGAAGACCAAAGUAUUCUCAAGCUGCAUCCCUGACCAGGAGAAGGCACCCCUGGGGAUUUAUGGCUGUCAACUUGAAGAAGUGGACAGUUUUAAAUACCUCGGGGCGCGGCUGCUGCCUAAUGGACAGAGUAAGGACGACAUUGUCUCCCAAAUCGAUGCUGCCCGCUGGGUUUUUUCAAGCCUUCGGAAAUGCCUGUGGAACCGACGUGACCUCUCCAUCGCCAUUAAGAUUCGCGUGUACCGUGCAUCUGUCCGGUCUGUCCUUCUCUACGGUUGCGAAUGCUGGGCUUUGCGCGUGGCGGAUGAGCGAAAACUGGAGGUAUUUGACCAUCACUGCUUGAGGAUCAUCCUUCGAGUGAAGUUAACCGACUUCGUCUCAAAUGAGAUAGUCCUCGCUCGCUGCGACAUCGCGAGGAUAACUCAGGCCAUCCAAGAAAGACGACUGAGGUGGUUCGGGCAUGUUCUUCGUCGUCCACCUCAGGAGCUCAGUGUUACUGCCCUCGAUCCGGCACCGUUGCCCCAUUGGAGGCGUCGAAGAGGGGGUCAGUUCAAAACCUGGCUCGACACUGUCCGUCAAGACAUGGAGGUAGUUAUUGGACCUUCGGUAUUCGGUCUCCGUCGUUGGCGAAGGGAAUGGGUUGAGCUGUCCAGAUCUGCUGCCGCGGAUCGUCACGCGUGGAGAGGUACAAUUCGGGACAUCAUCGAGGCCGGCUAG